GACAUGUUCUUCUAAGUGAGGUUAUACACCAAUACGUCAUUUCUAGAGAAAAACAACAGUAAAAAUUUCAAUUUAAACUUACACAAUAUUAGAAAAAUAUUAACUAUACACUACGUAGUAUCUACUGAUAAUAAAUAAUGGGUGGAAAACAUAAAGUUGCCAACAGGACAAAAAAUAAUGCUAGGCCUUCCAGCAGUGGUAGAAGUGCUGAAUUACUUGGUUCAUCUAUACCUCAGUUUGUGGGAUUCUCGGGAAUGAAAGAAAGCAGAUUUUGCUUUCCUUUACAAUGUUGUCCUGAAGAACUAGAUUCCUCGAUUGAUCCUACAAUACAAGUAAUGUUGAAAAAAAUUGCAAAGAAUAAUCCUACCACAAAGAUAAAGGUAAUUGUAUUAUUUAAGGUUUCAAGAUUUGAGGGGUUUGUUUCAAUGUUCUCCUAAUGCUUGAUAAUACUACUUUGAUUGCCUUAAGUAUUAGUUGUAUCUCAACAUAUGUGGUAUAAUAAGUUCUUGCAUAUAAGGACUACUUUGCAUGAAAUACACUUGAUUGUUACAUACACAACAAAUACAUUAAUUAUACAAAACUAGGGCUUACAAGAAUUAGCAGAGCUAAUUAAGAACGCAGAACCUGAAACGUUGCAAACAAUACUACCUGUAUGGCCAAAAUUCUACAACAUCCUUGCUACAGAUAGUGAUAACAGAGUAAGGGAAGCAUCACACAAUGUUCUACAUCAGCUGGUUUUGAAGGCAAAGAGAAAUAUUGCUCCACAUUUGAAGCAACUUAUGGCACCUUGGUUUACUUCACAAUAUGACACUUAUCCACCUGCAGCUAGUAUUGCAAAACAGGCUUUUAAAGAUACCUUUUCUGAUUCCAAGUUCCAAGAAGCAGUAGUGUUUUGCCAAGAAGAUAUCUUAUCCUACAUAAGUGAUAAUCUGCUUGUUCAGACACCACAGACACUUAGCAAUCCAAAACAUUGUACUCCUGAGGAAAUGGAUGCUAAAUAUGAAAGAGUUUUAAUAUCAUGUUUACAGGGAUACCGUUUGUUUUUGGAAAAAGUACCUGUUGACAGCAUUAAAAAUACUGCUGAGCUAAACAGCAACAUCAUAUCCAAUGCAAAAUUUUGGAAGUUUUCCAAGCAUAAAGUGGCAAACAUAAGGGCUUCCUGGUUUAAAGUUUUAGCCAUGAUUCUUCAAAAAGCACCAUCUUUAUUAGAAGGAAAGGCGUCCCAAGUGACCAGCACAGUAUUUGGAAGUAUAGAAGAAAAUGAACCAUCUGUAUUGCCACAUGUCUUAGAGACCAUUCUAUUAACAAUGUCAACCAUCCAGGAGUGGUGGACUCAUAUAAAUGUGGAAAAAGUGUUGUUUUCUAAGUUGUGGAAAAUACUGAAACAAGGCAUAGAAGGAAAUUCAUCCACUUUUUAUUUAAAUAUGCUACCACUGAUCUCACAUUUGCCGCCAACAGUAGAUGAAAAUGCCUUGCAAUUCUAUAAUACUCUUUUUGAUAAUUUCAGGAUUGGUUUAAAGCAGAGAUCUUCUGCAUCAAGCAGAUCUGAAUAUGUAGCUGUUGCAUCAUCGUUUGUUGAGUGCUUGCAGUACGUGAUAUUAAAGAAAGAACAUGACUCAAAUCUCUGCAAGUGUCUUAUCAAAAACCACUUGGUUUCCACUAUUGAAUGGUGUCUCAUAGAAGACCAGCCUGGAUACAAGAUCGUUUUUAAUCAAGCUGCAACAUUGGUACAGUGGUUGGGCAGAAACACAAAAUCAGAAUCAUUCAAUUCAUAUCUGAAGUUCUUUUUUGAAAAUAUUCUGGAUUUGUUCAAAGAAACCUUAUUUAACUUGAAAGAGAUCAAAAAUCAUAAUUUAGAACAGAUCUCUACAAAACAAAUAGAGUUCUUGCAGUCUCUAAAACAUUAUAGCAAAGUAAAAAAAGCUUGGAAAGUGAAGUUUGCCCAAGAUGAAAGUAAAAAAGCUGAAGAGGCGUCUCAUCAAGCAUCAGUUAUUGAAUCAGAAGAACAGUACCUGAAAGAAUUAAACACCUUGGUGUAUAAUGUGUGUGAAAAUUAUGUUCUGUACAUUGAAGAACAUAAUUCAAAAGAGUUGUUGGAGCAUGUAUGUUCAUUGUUGAUCGACUUUGACACGAACAAAUUCUUCAAUUGCCUGCAUGAGAAAAUGAAAAAGAAAAAUCCUGAGGCAAGGCUGGCUGAUGUGUACGAUAAUUAUUUGCAUAAGUGGUUGCAGUUAGAGGAAUUGAAAAGUAAACAUGUCAUUGAUCUUGUGUUUAUGUUGUAUAAAUGCUUGGAUGAUACUGAUAGACAGAAACUACUUGACAGUCUUUCAGAGAUCACUGAUGAAAAUUACCUGGGCUGGUGUAUCACCCAAGCACUGGCUCAUCCCUACAACAAGGAUCCUUUAGUUAAAAAAUGGCUAAAAAGGGAUGGUGUUAGCCAAUUUUUAGCAUCCAUUGCUGAUAAGGAAAUUAAUGAUGAAUGUUCUUCCGACUUAGACGCCCUCUUUAGGCUAGCCUUGACAGAAAAUAGUGAUGGAGAUUUGUAACAAAUGGUAUGAGGGGGAAACGAUAUCAAAAAUUUCCUCACAACUUCCUGGGGCCAGAGUGUUUUUCAGAGCUGUAUGUAUCAAACGAAACGGUCCUCCAAGUUAUUGAGAAACUCACUAAGUUCUUAGAGCAUCCUGAAGAGCACCAAACUGCCUUAGACACAUGUGCUAGCCUUUCAGCAUAUAUUUCAACCAUCAUAUAUACAGAAAAUUUACUAUUAACUUACAGCGAAGACUUACUAUUGGCAUUAUUCAGACUAUCUUGCAACUCCUCUCUAAGUGAGGAUAUCAUCUCUACAGAAACUUUGUAUGAAGUCAGGACAGCUUGGCAGGACUCCCUCAGUUUGCUAGCGAAGUAUCUGGAACGCGAGGAGAGCAUAUCUCUGGUUUCAAAGUUGGCGGAUAUAGUGGAGAAGGAGUUUUUAAAUGGGAGUUUGGAAGAAAGUCACGUCAAUCAUUUGGUGGAGGUUGUGGCCAACCUCCUGAAAGCCGUUUAUGGUAGUCAGCCUUUAUGGUUGACAGAUUUUUCGAAUCUUUUUGUUAAACGCAGUUUUGUUGAGACGUGGGAGCGAUCUUUGAGCAGCCUCUGUUCAUUAUCUGAGUAUGUCAAAGGCAGACUAAGUAGUCCUUAUGAGGAGUUGAAAGGUAUUGAGAUGGUGAAAGAUUUGGAAGAUCUUCAUGUGGCAAAACUCUUUGCAUGGACGUAUUUGAAGCUACAAGUGCUUGGUACUAAUUUGGCAGAUGAUAGCGAGGAUUGCGAGGAAGACGAAGAAGAAAAUGAGAAGAGCAAAGUUUGUUAUUAUAAUGUAAUGGAUGAGAAUGAAAUAUUUUUUGCCGAAAUCUUACAUAUAAUUAGUUUGGGCUCAUGCUAUCUGGAAACAUUUAAUAAUACAAAACAGUAUGAAAUAAUUCUGAACUACUACGUUUUGGCUGAAAUGAAACUAAAAUCGACGAUUCAGAGCAUUUCUACAGAGUUAAAAGAAGCCUUGAAAACAGUCCUGAGGGAUAAGUGUCUCUCUGAAGCUUGGUUGUGGUGCAAUGCAGUAUACACAUUAUUUUCAGAAAUAAAUCCAGAUGCUUUGACAGACAUAUACAGUGAUUUCACUAAAGAUGUUACAGGUAGAAAUUUGGGAUUUUUGCACUUGACGCAAACCUUUGCUAAGCAUUUGAAUUAUGAUCAUGUGCAGAAUAAAAAGUAUGAACCAAUUGAACAGGUGAUCAUACUAAACAGCCUCAUGCAUUGUGAAGAAAUUGAUGUGCAGAUUGCUGAGGUUUUCUCUAAAAUUGAAGAAAUCAGGAGUGAAAAUGUGCCACAAUUUUUGUGUGAUAAUUGCAAUAUGUCAUGGGAAAAAUACCAACAAAUUUUGGAAACCAUAAGACUCUGUGCUUCAUUGAUGAAACACAAAUUCAAUUCUCUGACUCAGAGGCAUUGGGACUUCGGUGUGAUAUCUUUAGUCUCGUGGGCAUCAAAUUGUUUGAAAAAUAGGUCCAGUUACCAGAAAAUACAGGUUCAAGCACUUUUUUCCGAAGUGGUGCAACUCUUUAUAAAUGCAGAUAACCAAAUAAAGGGAAUGAAAGAAGAUAAUGUUAAGAGCAGUUAUGUGUCUGAAUGGGAUGACGUAUUAGUGGAAAGUAUUCAUGGAGAUUUGGCACAGCUGUGGUUGUAUCUGGCCGAGCAACUAGAGCAAAAUAACGGCAACCUUUUGCAAUACCUUCCAUUCAUACAAGAAUUCUCCAAAGUGAUAAAUAACAUAAACCACCAGUUCAUUUUCAAAACGAGUGAUACUUCUCUACCAAAAUGGAGCAAAUUUUUGAGACGAAGCUGCUUCUUGCUGGCUCACUGGCAUCCUAAUUUGCAGUUGUGGGGAUACAAAAUGCUGCUGGCAUUAGUGCCUGGUCUGAUUAAGAUUGAUACUGAUGCAGUCAACUUGAAUAAUCCUCAUCAGAAAGGAUUGGUUUUCGAACAGUUUAAAGAGAAGCUGGUGGAAACACAUGGGAUUGUCAAUAGCAUGCUAAUGGAGUUUAAGUUAGGUGAAGACGUAUGUAAUGUAAAAGUUGGAACAGAUGCUUUCACUUACACAUUUGCAUACUUGCUUAUAUGGGACAUUCUGCUUACACUUUGUGGCGAAGCAUCUACAGAAUUGAGAUACCAAUAUGCAGAAUGGUUGCGGAAUGAAGAUUUGUUGAAUAAUUUCCUGAAUAAUCUUUUCAAGCUUAUGCCUACAGAAGUACUCCAUUGUAACGAGGGAAAAUCCAAAUAUUUCAUGGAUAACUUUUUGGAAAAGCCAGAAAUGCAUGUCACAGAUACCUGCAAUGGCGAGAAAAUCGAAUACCUAGUAUGUUGGCUUUAUUCACUAGCAGUGACGCAACUGCCAGCCUUGGUGCGCCAGUGGUGGACAGGUUUGGAAACAAAAGUGGCUCAAGUUGUAGAAAGAGUAACGACAUUGUAUGUAUCGCAGCAUUUAUGUGUACAGGAACUGAACGAUAUCAUGAAGCAUCAGAGUCAGUUCAAAAACAUGGUGAUUAAGGUGAUGCCCACUGCGAGAGAAAUAACGGCAGUCUAUACGAUUGAUGAAGUACAAGUUGAACUAGUGAUUUCUUUGCCAGCUAACUAUCCACUUGGCGGGCUAGAUGUGCAGUGCAACAAGCAAAUUGGUGGUACAAAUCAUAAACAGUGGUUGUUGCAGUUCAAGAAAUGCGUGGAACAUCAGAAUGGAAGGAUAUGGGAUGGUCUGUCUUUAUGGAACAAUAACUUAGACAAAAAGUUCGAGGGUGUCGAGGAGUGUUAUAUUUGUUAUGCAGUAUUGCAUCGUGGAACAUACCAGAUGCCAAAACUGUCUUGUCAGACAUGCAAGAAGAAGUUUCAUUCUGCUUGUUUGUACAAAUGGUUCCGGACAAGUUGCAAGAGUUCAUGUCCCAUCUGUAGGAACCUCUUCUAACUGGAUAUUUUCAGUGCUUUAUAAUUCAAGUUGCAGAUUUGUAGUUUUUACAAUUAUUAAGCUGUUGUAUAUGACAUGAAUAAAUACUAUUUUUGAUCGUUAUAA